UAUACUAUACAAUUUUGAGGCAAAUAUAAAGGUGCUUCAUUAAGUUUCUCUUUUAUUCUCCCUGCUAAACCCUGAUAAACCCUACUUCCAAAACAAUGGUGAAAACUAAAGCUCCAUCCAAGAAGAAGCAACAAAAACGUGGUGUUGAUUUCAAAAAAAUAAGAAGGAAGAUUGGAAGAAAAUUGCCUCCACCACAGAAUGCCACUAACACUGAAAUCAAGUCCAAAGCAAUUAUUCUACCUGAGCAAAGUAUAGCUUCGGAGAAGGCUGGUUUAGCUGUGAGCAAGAAAGGUUUAACCUUGAAAGAGCUUCUUCAGCAAACAAGUCAUCACAAUGCGAAAGUUCGUAAAGAUGCAUUAAUCGGAAUUAGAGACGUUCUUCUUAAAUUCCCAGCCGAAUUGAAACUGCAUAAACUUGCUGUUAUUGAGAAACUACGGGAACGUAUCAGUGAUGAUGAUAAGUUGGUCCGUGAAUCACUCUAUCAACUUCUCAAGUCAGUUAUUUUUCCUGGCUGUAAAGAGGAUAGUAAGGGGCCAAUUAAUUCCUUGAUGAUGACAUAUAUAUUUAAUGCAAUGACACACAUGGCUAUUGAAGUGCGGUUGAUGGCUUUCAAAUUUUUUGACCUCUUGAUCCAGUAUUUUCCGUCUUGCUUUUUGCUGUAUGCUGAAAAGAUUCUCCAGAACUACGAGGACAUUCUGCAGAAGAACAAAUUUUACUUGCAAGACAAGGGCAGGCUAAAGACUGCCCUUGCUGGGUUGGUCCGCUGCUUGUUACUAUUACCAUGUAGUGAUCAGAAAGAAGGCGACUCCUUAAGUUACAAUGAUGCAACUCGGGCUAGCUUGCAUGCUUUUGACCUUGAUCUCUCUGAUAAAUCAACUGGUCUUUCUGGUGUUGUCAACAAAUUGACUGAUCUCUUACCCGUUCUUGUUAGCUGCUUCCAAGACUUUAGUCCAUUAAUCCACUCCGUGGCCCAUGUAGAUGCACAAUCCUUCGAUUGUAUGUUGUCCUUACUUCAAAGCAUUGAUCUUGUGGUCAGGUUUUUUGGUCAUGCAUCUGGCAAAAAUCAAGACGACUUCCAACGUAUAUCAGCAGUCACUUUAAAAAAGUUAUGGGAUGAGUUUCCCUUGGGUCCGGUUGAUUGCUUGUCAGAGAAGGACGGUCGAUAUUUCAUGCUGAACAUUGUAAUUACAGAAAUAUUUUUGCGACUAAGUUAUGGAUCUGAAUUAUCCCCUGCAUUGUUGGAAAGAUUUCUGGAGUUCAUCGAGAGUUCUCUAUCUGAUGAAAAGAUUUACAAUGGCAGAGGGUUACAUCAUGAGAAGCAUUUAAUUCCCCUGGUUGCUUUUAUCCCAAAACUCAUUAUGCAAGUAUCUGUUGCUUGGAAGUCUCGUAUCCUUCAGGCUUUCACGACAGUUUUUCAGAAAUGCAGUCCAGAGUCCCCAAUGAAAUUGGCUUGCCUUUCUGCUGUUGAGGAAAUGCUACUUCCUGAGCAGAAUCUUGAAAUAUCUAAUCAUCAAAUUACAUGGAUAAAGAAGCUUCCGGAGCUGUUAGUCCUCUUAGGUGAUAAACACCCAUUACAUGCCAAGGCUGUGUUACGUCUUCAGCUUCGUGUUGGACAAGCUGCUAAUUUGAACUGUCCACUGGCAAAAGAAGACAUAAUAAUAAUACGAGAUUUUUACUGCACCUACCUCAAUGGUCCGUUCAUGAGGCUUCCUAGAGAUAUUCAGGAGCUCUCUGUAUGCUGCCUGUAUUACGUCUCUUUCUUGGACAAGGUGCUGCUUCAAUCUUUAGCCUCAUGUUGCAUAUGUCACGAGUUGGAACCAUUUAUCGUUUCCCGAAUCAUAGAAGUUCUACACUCAGCCUACAAAGCUGGCCAUAUCCAGAUUGCAGAUUACAUUAGCUUCUUCAUCACUUUGCUUUCACGCUUUCAAGUUUAUCCUGAGAAAAUCUAUCCUAAUAAGCACGAAGGGAAGUCAAAUCGUGGAACCUUCAAAUCAGUUAUUAGGGCUGUUUGUUCUUGUUUGUCACAGAUCGGAGAUGAUGUGCUCGUUUUACAGAUGCUGGAGAAAAUUGUUCUUGAUGAGAUAUCUCACAAACGACCAGUAGACAACAUAUAUGGUUUUAUAAGAUUGCUUAUCACACUAGACUCAAAACCAACUAGACUUUCUGAACAAACUAUCAAUAGACUAAGCGAGGUCCUUCCGGAGUACUUGUUAGAUGUUGUGAAUUACAUUCCAGAGGAAGAUGACGAGUCUACUAAAUUAUUGAUUCGACAGACAAGGAAUUGUUACCUCCUUCCGUGUUAUUUCCUAUUUGAUAGGAGCAACAUGCUGUUAAAUCAGAUAUUGAGAGUGAUGGAAUCAUUCAUCAGAGGAAAUGUUUCAUCACUUUUGCCUCGUCAGAAAGGUGGCUUGGGAAAGGAUCAUUUCAGCAAAAUUCUUUCGAUAGUCUCUGUUCUCUUACUUAUGCAUGGAGAUAUUAAGAUGCAGAAACUUCUGUCAUGCAAAACGGAGAUUAGAAAUAUAUUAGAAAGCAUGCGCACGCUAGAGUCUUCUGAAGAUAUUACGAUGACAAUUGAAGAGAAACAUAAAAUUCGAAGUGCUUAUGAUAGACUGACUGCAGCCAUUAGCACUUGGGAAUACCACUAACCUGGAAUAGCAUAUCCGAGACUCGACAGAGUUCAUGGUAAAGAAAGAGAUUGGCAAUGCAAUCAUCAUCCAAUUUUCUUUGAUGACAUCUAAAAGCCAGCAUUCACCAAUUGAGCGGGUAAGUGGGAUAGUUGUUUCAGAAGGCAUUUCUCAAUUUAACAAUGGACGUGAACCGUCUAGAAUUCGUAUCAUUUUUCUUAUAAAUGCCUAAAUUUUUCAAGGCAAUGUUGUGCUGUACAUCAGAUUAUGACAAAAUGUCAUAGUACCACAUCUCAUAUUGAGACUAAUUUUUCUGAUGAAACAGCUUCUUAUUAAGCAAUAUUAUAGUCAAACCUUUCUAUAACAACAUUGUUUGUCCCCAUAUUUUGUGGUCGUUAUAGCGAAAUGUUGUUAUAGAGAACCUGUAAUAUAACAUAACAUGAAAGAUGGGUUCCACAGAAAAAGGUGACUGUUAUAGUGAGGUCUGCUUGGACUAUGUUGCUCUGUGAUAUAUCAUCGAUUUGAGAAUGCAGAGAAACUCUGGGACGCCUUUGCAGUUUGACAAACGGAAUUCAGUAUGCUGUAAGAAAUCCAGUAGCAUUCUUCCAAAGUGUCAAAGCAGUUUUGCUGCAAGAAUUCAAGAGACAACUCUGCCAAUGGUGAUCAUAAGCCCUGUAAAGUCACAGUGCAAGCUGUGUUGUCAGUGACUCAAUCUAACCUCAGCCUGAGUGAUGAUUCUAUUUGGCGAUUUGGUUUUCCUCCUCUGCUGUUUUGGGAUACACAUAACAAGUUAACAACUGCAAUCUGAUACGGGUUUUCUGUUGUAGUCACCACCCUACAUUCUAUCUCUACAUUUGUGGUAUUGUAUUUUAGCUAUAACGAGAAAGGGCGGAGAGCAAAUAUUUAAGGCAUGAAUGUCACUGCUCUGUAACAUUUUUCUUCAGGCUGUUUUGUGCACUGAAUCUUACUAGUAAAUAUUCUAUUAAAAGGUGUCUUCUUUUAAAUGUAACGCAACAAGGUGUAAUUUGCUGUGCCUCAAUACGUAUUUUAUGGGGAAAAUACGUAAUUAUUAUUUUAA